AUGCAAGAUUCAUCGCUAGGCUUGAUGCAGUUCCAUGAUCACCACCAGCAGUACCUCUACGGCAGCAGUGCUAGCCCUUACUUGCCUCAUCACCACGGUUUCAUCCACACCAAUGAAGAUCAUCCUUGCACCGGCAAGGACGUGCCGGAGUUGCCCGAGCCGGCGACCGUGGGGAUAGUCGGGCAGAUGGAGGAGGCGUCCGGGGCCCGAGGCGAUGGUGGGGUGCCGGUAGAAGAGCGGAAGGACGCGGGGAUGAGGGUCGAGGAAGAAGAGGCGGAGGAGGAGGAUGCCCACGGCAUGCGAAUGAUCGCGCUGCUAAUGGAGUGCGCGGUGGCCAUGUCGGUGGGAAACCUCGCGGACGCCAACGGUGCGCUCCUGGAGCUGUCGCAGAUGGCGUCCCCGUACGCGCCAUCUUGCGGCGAGCGGCUCGUGGCCUACUUCGCCAGGGCCAUGGCGGCGCGGCUGAUGAGCUCGUGGGUCGGCGUAUGCGCACCCCUGCAGCUGGCGCCGCCGGCGUGCACGGCCAUCCACGCUGCGUUCCGGGCCUUCUACAACGUCGCGCCGUUCGCGAGGUCCGCCUACCUGGCGUGCAACCAGGCCAUCCUGGAGGCGUUCCGCGGCAAGCGGCUGGUCCACGUCGUCGACCUCGACAUCGUGCCGGGCGGUGCGCUGCAGUGGCUCUCGUUGCUCCCCGCGCUGGCGGCCAGGCCGGGCGGCCCGCCGGUGCUCCGCGUGACCGGGUUCGGCGUGUCGGCGUCGGCCCUCCACGACGCUGGGAACCAGCUAGCAGCCCUGGCGAGCAAGCUGGGCAUUCCGUUCGAGUUCUACGCCGUCGCGAAGCGUCCCGGGGACGUCGUUGACGCGGUGACUGACCUGCCGAGCAGGAGGCCAGGGGAGGCCGUGGCCGUGCACUGGCUCCGUCACGCCUUGUACGACGCAGCCGGGGACGACGACGUCACGAUGCGGCUGAUGAGGUGGCUUGAACCAAAGGUGUUGACGCUGGUGGAGCAGGAGAGAGGGCCGGCCGGAGGUGACGGCGGCCAAUUCCUUGACCGAUUCGUUUCCGCUCUGCACCACUACUCGGCAGUGUUCGACGUCCUGGGCGCGGCGCGGCCGGCCGACGAGGACGCGAGCAGGCAUCUGGUGGAGAAUGGUGUCUUGGGCAGGGAGAUCGGCAACGUGCUAGCCGUCGCCGGGCCGGCGAGGAGCGGGAGGGAAAGGUUCGGCAGCUGGCAGGAGGAACUCGCCCGGAAUGGGUUCCUUCGAGCCAGCGGCGGUGGGCGCGCGCAGCUACUGGCCGGUGCGUGCCCGGCGGCGCUGGGGUACACGGUGGCGGAUGACCAUGGAGGCACCGUGAGGCUGGGGUGGAAGGGCACCCCGCUGUACGCAGUCUCGACGUGGACGUGGUGCGCCCCGCCCCACGCACGAGCUUAA